AUGUCCACUACCCUGCCUGAAUCAGGUACUUCUGAAGUCUUAGCUGCUAAGCUCAAGCAACACGAAGCUGGUAUCAAAUCUAUCAGAGAGAAAGGACCAGUACCUGAGAUCGAUUUCACGGUUCAUACGCAAGACGAUGGUUCAACUGUCAGUACGCAAGAAAGGGUAGUUAAGGAUGUUCAAGCACCUGCUUUCAAGAAACCCACCGAUGAAGAGUUCUUCAGUCAAGUUGACCCAUCAAAACCCGAUGUAGCUUUUCUUAAAAACCAUUUUUAUCGUGAAGGUCGACUAACAGAGGAGCAAGCCCUCUUUAUUCUCAACACAGCAGCUGAGGUUCUCAAAGCUGAGCCCAACUUGCUUGAAGUCGAAGCCCCGAUCACUGUUUGUGGUGACAUACACGGUCAAUACUUCGAUCUUAUGAAACUCUUCGAAGUGGGCGGAAACCCAGCUGAAACUCGGUACCUGUUCCUGGGUGAUUAUGUCGAUCGUGGCUACUUUUCGAUUGAGUGCGUGUUGUAUCUCUGGGCUUUGAAGAUUUGGUAUCCAGACACCUUGUUCCUUUUACGUGGUAAUCACGAGUGUCGGCAUUUAACCGACUAUUUCACUUUCAAGUUGGAAUGCAAGCACAAGUAUUCUGAGAGGGUAUAUGAUGCUUGCAUGGAGAGUUUCUGUUCAUUACCGUUGGCGGCAAUCAUGAACAAGCAAUUCUUGUGCAUUCAUGGUGGUCUGAGUCCCGAGUUGCAGACCUUGGAUGAUUUGAAAUCGGUUAACCGUUUCAGGGAACCUCCUACACAUGGUUUGAUGUGUGAUAUUCUCUGGGCUGAUCCUUUAGAAGAUUUUGGAAGUGAAAAGUCCGCGGAUGGAUUCGUACACAAUCACGUUCGAGGAUGUUCCUUCUUUUUCAGUUAUCAAGCAGCAUGCGCGUUCCUCGAAAGAAAUGGACUUCUCUCAAUUAUUCGUGCCCAUGAAGCCCAAGACGCUGGAUAUCGUAUGUACAAGAAAACGAAAACUACUGGUUUCCCUUCAGUAAUGACUAUUUUCUCGGCGCCAAACUACCUCGAUGUGUACAACAACAAGGCUGCGGUUUUGAAAUAUGAAAACAAUGUGAUGAACAUUCGACAGUUCAACUGCACACCACAUCCAUAUUGGUUACCGAACUUUAUGGACGUUUUCACUUGGAGUUUACCCUUUGUGGGAGAGAAGAUUACGGAUAUGCUUAUCGCCAUCCUAGGCAUAUGUAGUAAGGAAGAAUUGGACGAGGAAGAAGAUGAGAUGCCCCUGGUGACUGAAGAGGCUCAGUCCGAUCCAGAUUCACCUGAUGCAGCUGCCUCAGCCGAACGGAGACAGGCCAUCAAGAAUAAGAUUAUGGCGGUUGGAAAGAUGUCACGAGUGUUUGCAGUCUUGCGUGAGGAAGCGGAGGCAGUGUCAGAGUUGAAAUCGACAACAGGACAGGGCAAAUUACCGUAUGGAGCACUCGCGAAUGGUGCAGAAGGCAUCAAAGAAACCAUCCUUAGAGCUGGAUUUGAUCAGGCUCGCAAAUCAGAUAUCGAGAACGAACACUUACCUCCAGAAUUGAUUGAUGCUGCAGACGUCGAAGGAUUUGAAGAAUUUGCCGAAUCCCGUAGUCCAGGAGCUGCUGAUGCUGGAGAGCCUCAUCGCUCACGAUCUCGUAGUGGUACACUUGGAUCGCUUGGUGGAGAAAGUCGAAUGCCGUUCAGUGAUCAGGGUUCAUCGAGUGAUCCAGCUAGUCCUGCUCUACCUAAUACACCUGACCGAGCAACUAUGUCUGGAGGUGCAGAUGGAUUGGGAUUCUCUCCUACUACACCUGGAGGAAGUCCUAAAUUCAAACGAGGCCAUGCUAGACGAGGCAGCUUGGGUACGACGAUGACUAGUCCUUCGACCAGAAGAAGAAGCUUGGAAAAUACAAUCAGUAUGAUCAAGGAGGCCAUGGAAGGACAAGCUGAUCCUGAGAUGGAAGACCUUGCAGACGCUGUCGCUCAGAAUGCAUCAGAUGCGCGUCGUCAUUCCAGAAGUUCAUCAACUGGAUCUGGAGCAGGGUUGCCCGAGGUACCCAAGGAGUGA